CUCGCCGCGGCUCCCGGCGGCAGCAGGUGGCCCCGGACUCGCCCCCGUCGCCUCAGCCGGGGCGGACCGCUCGCCCCAUCGCUCCCCGGAGCCCUCGCGGUCGCCCCCGCCAGGCGGGAUGGAGGCGGAGGGGAACUGGAGGAGCUGGCCCGGCUGCGCUCCGUCUUUGCUGCCUGCGACGCGAACCGCUCCGGCCGUCUGGAGCGCGAGGAGUUCAGCGCGCUGUGCGCGGAGCUGCGCGUGCGGCCGGCCGACGCCGAGGCCGUGUUCCAGCGGCUCGACGCCGACCGCGACGGCGCCAUCACCUUCCAGGAGUUCGCCCGCGGCUUCCGUGGGGCCCGCCGCGGAGGAUGGCGCCGGGGCCGGGGGCUGCGGGAGCCCGCGUCCAGCAGCCGGGCAGGGUUCGACCCCGGGGACAGCGAGGAGGACGAGGGCGACGAGGAUACUGCGGCGGCUGUGGCCGCCCCCUGGGACCCGGCGAGCCCGGGCCAGGCUUGGCAGGACUUCCAGACGCGACUCGGGGACGAAGCCAAGUUCAUCCCCAGGAAAGAGCAAGUCAGUACCUUGUAUCAAAACAUCAACCUUGUGGAGCCAAGACUGAUUCAGCCAUAUGAACACGUUAUAAAGAACUUUAUCCGUGAGAUCAAACUUCAGAGCACAGAGAUGGAAAACCUGGCUGUUGCAGUGAAGAGAGCCCAGGACAAGGCAGCCAUGCAGUUGAGUGAACUGGAAGAGGAAAUGGAUCAGCGGAUUCAGGCUGCAGAACACAAGACACGCAAAGACGAAAAACGCAAAGCUGAGGAAGCCCUCAUUGACCUCAGGCGUCAGUAUGAAACAGAGGUGGGAGAUCUACAGGUGACGAUAAAGAAACUCAAAAAGCUAGAAGAACAAUCGAAACACAUCAGUCAAAAAGAAGAUGUGGCUGCAUUAAAAAAAAAAAUUUAUGACUUAUCCAUGGAAAAUCAGAAAGUUAAGAAAGAUCUUUUAGAAGCACAGACAAACAUAGCCUUUCUUCAGAGUGAGUUAGAUUCUUUGAAAAGUGAUUAUGCUGAUCAGAGUCUGAAUUCCGAAAGGGAUCUGGAAAUAAUCCGAGAGUACACAGAGGAUCGAAAUAGUCUUGAGAGGCAAAUUGAAAUACUCCAAACAGCUAACAGGAAACUGCAUGACAGUAAUGACGGCCUAAGGAGUGCCCUUGAAAACAGCUACAGCAAGUUCAACAGAUCCUUGCGUACAAAUAACAUAUCACCAGGGAAUACAAUUUCUAGAAGCAGCCCCAAAUUUAAUGGUCAUUCUCAACCUCUGGGCUAUGACAGGUCAUCUCGCUCUUCCUACAUGGAUGAGGACUGUGACUCGCUGGCCCUCUGUGAUCCCAUGCAGAGGAUGAACUGUGACAUUGACAGCCUGCCCGAAAGCUGCUUUGACAGCGGCCUGUCUACCCUGAGGGAUUCCAACGAGUAUGACUCGGAGGUGGAGUACAAGCACCAGAGGGGAUUCCAGAGGUCGCACGGCACACAGGAGAGCUUUGGGGGUGACGCUUCAGACACAGAUGUUCCUGAUAUAAGGGAUGAAGAGACGUAUGGCUCUGAAGGCGCAGCUUCCGUCCUGGACUGGAAGCCCCAGGGGGCUGCUAGUGAAGGUGGUGUGGUGAGCUCCUCGAGAAAGCCCAUCUCAGCGCUUUCACCACAGACAGAUGUGGUGGAUGAUAACCAGAAACCUUUGGCCUCACAGAAGGCUUUCAAGAUCGUGCUGGCCGGGGAUGCCGCAGUGGGGAAGUCGAGUUUCCUCAUGAGACUCUGCAAGAAUGAAUUUCGAGGAAAUACAAGUGCCACCCUGGGAGUUGAUUUUCAAAUGAAAACUCUCAUCGUAGAUGGCGAGCAAACAGUACUGCAGCUCUGGGAUACGGCUGGGCAGGAGAGAUUCAGAAGUAUUGCCAAGUCUUACUUCAGAAGAGCAGAUGGUGUUUUGCUGCUGUACGAUGUUACAUGUGAGAAAAGCUUUCUUAAUGUACGAGAAUGGGUAGAUAUGAUUGAGGAUGCAGCCCAUGAGAGCAUUCCUAUCAUGUUGGUAGGAAACAAGGCUGAUCUUCGUGAUGCUGCUGAAGCAGAGGGACAAAAAUGUGUCCCAGGGUACUGUGGAGAAAAACUGGCCAUGACCUAUGGGGCAUUAUUUUGUGAAACAAGUGCCAAAGAUGGUUCCAAUAUAGUGGAAGCUGUUCUCCAUCUUGCUCGGGAAGUGAAAAAAAGAACUGAUGAGCAUGACAGCAAAUCCAUUACCAAUCUGAGUGGCACUAGUUCCAGAAAGUCAACCCAGAUGAAAAACUGUUGCAAUGGUUAAAUCCAAAACAUCCUUGGCCCCCGGGAAGCCUGCAUUCCCAGAGUACUGGAUGUACAUGACUUGUUUGCUUCUUCCAUAGAGUGGUGCAUCCUAUGGACACUGUCGGAUGAGAGAUACAGUGUAGCAGAUCUCAGCCAUGCUCUUGGGUCCCUCCAGAACGUCAGCUCUUUUUUUGCUGUUUCAAUGAAUGAUUCGGGUCCCCUGGUUAAAUAACCUAUCUUGUCUUUACAAAGCCUUAACAGAUAACAUGUAAAUGUUUUUAAAGUGGUUUAAAAAAAUCACAUGCUCUAGAUCAAAGAUAGAGAAGAAAUUCAAAGACAUUGAUUAGAUUAAUAUGGUAGAUACCCUAUGACAUUUACUUCCAAUAUUCAAUACUACAAGCUACCAAAAAGGUUUACCAUCCUAGCUUUGCUGUCAACUAGCCUGCAGUCAUGUCACCAACCCACAUUAGAUCCGUUUUCUCAUCUGUAAAACAUAUCGGCUUGGCCUUUCAGGCCUUGGCCCUCAGCUCUGUAGUCCUUGAAGCAGUGUGAAGGAGAGCUUGAUGGCCCACAAUUAAUAAGGACUCUGGCUCUGGUCACUAUUGUGGCACAGGUUUGAUCUUGGGAACUUCUGCAUGCCACAGGCACAGAAAAAGAAAGAAAAUCCAUGUAUAACUUUAUGGAGUUCCCUGGUGGCUCAGCAGGUUAAAGAUCUAGCAUUGUUACUGCUAGUGGCUCAGGUUGCUGCUGUGGUGGCAGUUUGAUCCCUGGCCCUGGAACUUCUGCGUGCCAUAGGUGUGGCCAAAAAAAACAAGUAAGGACUCUGGUCAUUUGUACUUUUUCAAUAUUGGAGUAUUGACGUUUCUCACUUCUUGUACAAGAAGAGAAUUUAAUGGCAAGAAAAAAAGUAGUCAUGUUUUAAGCUCAAGUAAAGACAGAAAAAUCUAGUUUUUAUGUAUAAAGAAAGAAAACAUUUGGGGGGAAAAUAGUUUGUAUUUAAAGGGGAUAUUUUAUUAUCUCAGAAUACUUAUAAAGUCUAUGGCUUGAAUUCAGUGUUAAAAAUUCUAAUGAAAAUAUAUAAAGCCACAUGCUACAUGCCCAGGAAAAGUUUCACACCUCACUUAAAAAAAAAAAAAAA